AUGGAAAUUCAUCAUCGAUUAUACGAGAAAUCGAUUAAUUACAAUAGUGCUACCACUAUUGAUACUGCUAAUGAUCUUGUACCGAUACUUUGUGAUGCUAAUGAUACAUCAGGAAUUCCGGAAAAUAGUAAUUUUGGCCCAUCAACAUCAUCAUUAAUCAAUAAUACUGAUGCAUUCGUAUUACUUCCUCGAACAGCAACAGCUAAUAUCAAUGAAUUUCCCGGUUACAGUAAUACUUCUUCUACUGGAUUACUUAAUCAUCAAACAACAUCUAAUUUAUCACUUGAUUUAACAUCACAAGCAAUUUCUGUAAUAGCUGAAACAAGCAAUGAAGCAAAAAAUGAUUUAAACACUAACAGUCAUCAUCAUCAUCAUCAUUAUCAUCAUCAAUGUCAACAACAACAACAACAAUUUCGACGAACAUUAGCAUUACAAAAUGCGGAAAAUAAUAUUUGCGCAAUUGUUGGGACAUUAACGACAGCUUCAUUACAAACGGAUCAAACUAAUACAACAAUGAUUAUUACUGCUAACAGAACUACAAAUAAUCGUUGUAAUAGCAAUAAUGAAAAUGAUGAUGCUAAUGGUAGCAAUAGUAAUAGCAACUGCAAUUGUCCAAUAACAACCACUAAUGAACCAAAUUUUUCACAACGAAUUUCAAAGAUAUGUUUUGGGAUUAGUUUGUAA